UUCCAGCUUCCAAGCUACCAGCACCUAGGAGGAGCAGGCAAGAAGCACUUAGGACUAGGAGGAGCAGGCAUGAAUGUUUUUGGCCAGCACCCACCUAUACCCCAGCCAGGCUUUCCCUAUGCCCAGGACAUGGCUGUAUACUGUGAUAACCUUGGUAUAUAUCAGCAGAGCCCCCAUCAGCCAGCCACUGACACCUAUGGAUACAGUAUAAGUGACCAUGCAGCACCCAGCAGUAGACCCACCUGGUGGCCCCAUAGUUGCAGCAAUAACUCCUCAUCUGAGCACCGUUCAAGUGGCUCCCUCUAUGUGCAUGGCAGAUAUGGUGCCAGCCAGACACAGGGAAUCACCCACACACCUGGUCAGGUCCCAGCUGAGUUCCCCUGGCUUAAUUAUCUGAAUCCGGAGGAGCUGAACCAAACUGUGCGUCCCCCUUACUCCUACUCUGCAUUAAUAGCUAUGGCCCUGCAGGACAGCCCGGAGCGGAGGCUCACCCUCAGCCAGAUCUACAAGUACGUGGCGGACCGCUUCCCCUUCUACAAGACGAGCAAGGCCAGGUGGCAGAACUCCAUCAGACACAACCUGUCCAUCAAUGACUGCUUCAGGAAAGUGGCCAGAGAUGACACUGACCCAGGGAAAGGCAAUUACUGGACACUGGAUCCAAACUGCGACAAGAUGUUUGACAAUGGUAACUUCAGACGGGGAAGAAAAAAGAAGCGUGAAAGUAUGUCUGACCGUGAAACUGACCUACUGGAGAAGAUUGACAAGAGUAGUCUCAAGUCCAGUCUGGUAGGAACUCCAAAGAGUAAGAUUAAGCCUUCUCCCAAGAUGAAGCUUUCUCCAGAAGAAUCCAUCCCAACAGUGGACACCAGCCCAGGUUUCUCUAACUUGACAUCACCCUUGGGCACUAUGAUAACUAGUGGGACCUCUGGGGACAUUUCUCCUACCAAACCCUGUUUUGCAGGACAAGCCUCUUACCCCAUCUCUAAUAACUCCUCGUUACAACUUUGUGAACCCAUGUCCCAUGCCAGCCUCAGACCUCCGUGUUACCCAACCAACCAGAAUUGCUCAAGUCCUUCCCUGCUUAAACUACUUCAUGCCAGCCUCCUGCAUUAUAACCAGGAUGCAAGUCUUUUACAUUGACAUUAUGUUUUUAUAACUGCUUCAAGGUAGUUUUUUUUUUUU